CUCAGUCCUGCCGCAUGUCCCCCAAAAGCACCCAAGCCGCUCUCCUCCUCCCUUGCUGCACCUCUCCUCACUGCCCACCUGCAGCAAGGUGACCUCAGAGCCUUCAAUUGCACCUCGAGUGCUUUCUUCACGCUCUGCUGCUGUUUGUCUGCCCUUCACGCUCUCUAUCAUUCACUUUUUUGUUCGAAUGUCCGCUCCCCCCUCUUAGCAGCUGCUUCUAUAACUCGUGCCGUACUUUUUGCCUCCACGCACGGCCAACGUUGUCUUGAAGAUCAGUUUCGACGCCCGUCUUUCCCGCAAUGGCACCUUCUCUAAGCCUGCGUCCUCGCACUGGCGAGCGACCCUCCACUAGCCAAGGCGACACCAGCCUGAUUAUCCCCAGCAGGACUUCUUCCCUGCACUCAAGGAUUACUCAGCCGUUACCCUCAACUCUGAACAUUAAACAGGGCCAGAGGAGCCCCAAGACAUUGACCCACGCUUAUAUGGUAUGUGGUGUGGGAAGAGAGCCAUCUCAAUGGGUAAAGGCGCCCGCUCCGAGUCAGGGGAAGAUUGGACACAUGAAAGGCGCGGUUGGUACUUUUUGGCUUCCAGAGAUUCUAGGAAGCAGCCCGAGGUUGGAGCAAGAUAACGAGAUUGCAAGGUCUCUUCACGCCGCGAUGCGGGCUUGCUUCCCUCACGAUGUUGAGAUUUGCACAGGCAGGAGCCAGCCUCACUGCGUUCACCACUCGUUUGUCUUGCAGCAAGACUCGUCGCACACUCUCUAUGGCAUUGCUCUUCGCGUCUGGUCCCGCGCCGAUGAGAAGAGGGCCGAGACCAUUCGCGACUUGCGCAAGCGCAUCGAGCCCGACUUCUUCGACAACAGCGACGAAACGUACUGGAUCCCGUACUGUCUGAGUUUCCUUUCCCGGUAUCCCUUGUAUAAUCUGCUCGGCGAUUAUCUCCGUGGCAUGUGGAUUCAUUGGAACAAAGCCACCAAUCUUUUUCACGCCGAGGAGGUCUCCCGUAUCCUCAGCUUCCCCGCCCCGCGACUUAACGAUUUGGUCAGAAUCGACAUGAAAGACUACGCGUUGUGUUACCAAUUCCCCUCGUCGCCCACUGGAUUCCAGAAUUUCGCCAUGUGGCCACUGUUUACAUGCCUUUCCAUCCCCAAUAUUGUCGGGGUUAUGGAAGCCGCCGUUUCACCAACGCGACGAAUCAUUUUCGUUAGUCAUUACCCUGCGAUGCUCACAGUUGCUUCUGAGACUGUCCGAUUCUGUGUCAGGGUGUACGAAUGGAGUGGUCUGUAUGUUCCCGUCGUUCAUGCACGUCAUGUCAAGGAGCUAGUACAAGAACCGGGCCCAUACAUCCUUGGUGUAACCUCCGAAUGCCGCUCCCUGUUCACGGCCCCAACAGAUGCGCUGGUGGUUGACUUGGAUCGCAACUUCGUAUUGACUUCAAGCCCACCCACUGCACUUUCAGCUGGCCAGAGAUCCAAGAUGAUCAACCGACUUACGCAAGCUCUAAAUGGUGAUGUCUCACCAACUGGUGUUCCACAACAUUUACGGUCUGCGUACGGAGGCGGUAAGCUCAUUCCAGCCGGUCAGAUUAUCGUGAUGCGUGGCGAGGUGGAAAGUAUCCAGGAUCCAGACUGGUGGAAUCAAGAUGCUGUUAUGACUGUCAUGGACCACGUGUGCGAAAAAUUGGGACGAAACACGGGUGUGAAGGCCAUUUUCGGAGGUUCCGUCAAGAAGCCCUUGAUGACCAAGGUGUCAAUGCGCCAUUUGAACGAGAUCGUCAGGGAGCGUAAUCAAUAUUCCCGUGACGCGAUGGAGGCAUGGCAAGAUUUCAUCAACCUCAAAGGUCGCAUGGACACCGAGCUUUCCAAAGUCACUAAGAGGAACAAUUUCUUGGUCGAAGAGCUUGAGAGCUGGAAGCAACAGUUUCUCAAAUUCCAAGCCUUCGCUGAGCAGCUCACCAAGGAAACACAGGAGCUCAAAGUCAAGAUCGAAAAUCACAAACGUGAGAACCGUCGUCUUACUGGUCUUAUUGACCAGCAGAAGGACGAUGCUGCUCGUCUUACCGUCCGUUUGUCGGGCACAGAGAAGCAGCGUGACGAUGCUUUGGAGGCUCUCGUCCUCCAGCAAGAUAUUGCCGAAGAGCUCGAACGCGAGAGGAAGCGCAACAAGAAGGAACUGGGUGCCCUUCAACACACCAAUAUGGCCAUUUCUCGUCAACGCGAUGAGGCUCAACGCGUUGUUCUCCAUCUUCGCGCACUUAUUGAAGGUCAAACUCACCACAUGGAGCAUAUUGUCAAGUCGCUUAAUGGGAACCCUGAGCUUUCCAACUACAUCGAAGAGGGCUUCGAGGAUGUACCAGAAGAAGACGAGGAAGAGUACGAGCAAUCCAGCACACGCAUCGCUGUCAAGGAUGCUUCAGGGGUUGGCGCUAUUCGUGGUGUUGCUGGUGUUCAGGACCGCAAUGAAUCGAGAGCAAGCACAGUGGAUGGCAAGCAUCUCGAGGUUGGCCGCAAUUCCAAGCGCUACUCGACUCUCAGCAUGGUUGAUGUUGCCGACCGCCAUCUCCGUGACAAGACUGACGCCAUUGCGUAUAUUAUCCGAAAUAUUUCGGAGCAGUGCGCUGCUGCCGUCGAAGGCCUCCAGCUUGCCCAGCAGGCUGAUACCGACGACGAUAGUCACAGCGAGCGUCGGGCUAGCGUCGGCCAGUUGUCUUCAAAUGGCGGAAGGACACAGUCCACUCAAGGCAGUGAGUUCGGCGACGAUGAUAUGAGUCUUCGCCCAGGUCGCAACUCCAGCAUCCCCCCAACCCCAGAUCUUGUUCACAGGUCGAGCACUUCCAUGUCGAUCGCAAGUUCGUCAACAACACCCGACAGGCAUAGCUUGCAGCAUCGACCACAUGAGGAUGUCCCAGACGUCCCAACGCGCAUCGUUGAGCACGAUGAUGAACAUCUCGAAGACGAGAUCACCAACGACAUGGUUCCCGUGUCAAAGUAUGCACAGCCUCUUCCACGGCCAUCGCGCACCAACAUCCGAAGUGUGUCAUAGCAAAUAAAGAUCAGGGAAUUUCACUUGGCUUCCUCACGUUCCCGACUAAAGCGAGAAUAGGAUAGUUGUUUUGCUUCUUUUAUUUACGCCCCAUCGACCAAGUCGCGGAAUCGGUGUUUCUGGAUAUAUUUUUGUUUUCCUUUC